GAGGUUAUUGGCCUUGUUGGUGACGAAAUUGUGGAAUUUUGCAACUUAAUUCUCACAAUCCUGGUUUCCUUCUUAGUAGUGUCUGGCAUCUUCUGCAACGUCAUCAACGUCAUCGUCUUCGUCAGGCUGGGUCUAACGGACGCCACCAACAUCUCUCUGUUAGGCCUGGCCGUGGCAGAUAUCGGUGUCCUGUUGACCAUGAUAGGAUACUGUGUGAUCUUCAGUCCUCUAACGAUAGCUGCGGUGCCAUCUAGGGAUAUCAUCGACGCGGUCAACUACGUUGUUCUGGGGACGCCACAUCUUGUUUUCAGCCGGAUAUCCGGUCUCUUGACCGGCUGGAUAAAUAUCUCGAGGCUCGUCUGCGUGACGUGGCCUCUACGCGUCAAUACUCUCUUCACAAGACAACGAACUUCCCUGGCCGUCCUCACUGCGUACACAUUCAUGUUUGCCAGCGCAGUCCCGACGUUCAUAGCGCACCGCAUCGGGAUGAGGUUUAACCCAGCGUUAAAUAUAACCGUCGUGGGGUUACUUUUUAUAGCCGAGACCGAAGAGCUGGAAAAUAUUACCAUCAGCGUUAAUGUGGCGGCACAGAUGGCGACCUUUGUUGUCGUCACCCUGUCCACGCUUUUUCUAACACGAUCGCUGCACAAAGUCGCCCAGUGGAGAGGUUCCGUGUCUCGUCAGACAUCGAAAUCGUCUACCAGGGACAAAAUGCUCGUCAAGAUGGUUAUUUUGAUAUCCGUCGUUUUCAUCGUCUGCUCGCUGCCAACGGUCGUCGUAAAUGAAGUGAUGCCGUUUCUGAACGAGUUCAACAUCAACGGAAGAGAGAGGAAUGCAUUUAUUUUAACAUGUGGCAUUUUCUUCCUCCUGCAGUCCGUCAACGCAGCUGUCAACUUCUUCAUCUACCUGGCCAUGAGCUCGAAAUUUAAACACAGCUUGUGUACCAUGUUU